AUUUGUGGUCGGCGUGGUGGAAGGACACAGUGAGGUUCUCACCUCCGCCCCCCGCCCGUCGCUCGCAUCCCCAGUUCCAUCAAAGCCAACCCGGACCAGCGCAGGGAUCUCCGAGUUGCGAGUGUGCUGAGGCUGGGACUGUCACUCAUUCUCCGCUCAGCGCGUGAACGCAGCUCGGCAGUGGCUGGCAGGAAACAAUUCUGCAAAAAUAAUCAUACCCAGCCUGGCAAUUGUCUGCUUCUCGGUCCGUUGCUCCGCCGCCGUCCACAGUCGCUAGCAAGGGGAAGGCACAGAAUUUACCGCGGCCAGAACAUCCCUCCCAGCCGGCAGUUUACAAUGCUGCGAACUAUGGAUCUCAUCUGGACUUUGUUUUUCCUGGGAACUGCAGUUUCCCUGCAAGUGGAUAUUGUUCCCAGCCAAGGAGAAAUCAGCGUUGGAGAGUCCAAAUUCUUCCUGUGUCAAGUGGCAGGAGAAGCCAAAGAUAAGGACAUCUCCUGGUUCUCCCCCAAUGGGGAAAAGCUGAGCCCAAACCAGCAGCGGAUCUCGGUGGUGUGGAACGAUGACGACUCCUCCACACUCACCAUCUACAAUGCCGAUAUCGACGAUGCUGGCAUCUACAAGUGUGUGGUCACUGGCGAGGAUGGCACCCAGUCUGAGGCCACUGUCAACGUGAAGAUCUUCCAGAAGCUCAUGUUCAAGAACGCACCAACCCCGCAGGAGUUCAAGGAAGGAGAAGAUGCAGUGAUUGUGUGUGAUGUGGUCAGCUCUCUGCCCCCGACCAUCAUCUGGAAACAUAAAGGCCGAGAUGUUAUCCUGAAAAAAGAUGUCCGAUUCAUAGUCCUAUCCAACAACUACCUGCAGAUCCGGGGCAUCAAGAAGACAGAUGAGGGCACUUACCGCUGUGAGGGCAGAAUCCUGGCCCGGGGAGAGAUCAACUUCAAGGACAUUCAGGUCAUUGUGAAUGUACCGCCCACUGUCCAGGCCAGACAGAGCAUCGUGAAUGCCACUGCUAACCUGGGCCAGUCUGUCACCCUGGUGUGCGAUGCUGAUGGGUUCCCAGAGCCUACCAUGAGCUGGACAAAGGAUGGGGAACCCAUUGAAAACGAGGAGGAAGAUGAUGAGAAGCACAUCUUCAAUGAUGACAGUUCUGAGCUGACCAUCAGGAACGUGGACAAAAACGAUGAGGCCGAGUAUGUCUGCAUUGCUGAGAACAAGGCUGGCGAGCAGGAUGCGUCUAUCCACCUCAAGGUCUUUGCAAAGCCCAAAAUCACCUAUGUAGAGAAUCAGACUGCCAUGGAACUAGAGGAACAAGUUACUCUUACCUGUGAAGCCUCAGGAGAUCCCAUCCCCUCCAUCACCUGGAGAACUUCCACACGAAACAUCAGCAGUGAAGAAAAGGCUUCGUGGACUCGACCAGAGAAGCAAGAGACUCUGGAUGGGCACAUGGUGGUACGGAGCCAUGCUCGUGUGUCCUCUCUGACCCUGAAGAGCAUCCAGUACACAGAUGCUGGAGAGUACAUCUGCACUGCCAGCAACACCAUCGGCCAGGACUCCCAGUCCAUGUACCUUGAAGUUCAAUAUGCACCUAAGCUCCAGGGCCCUGUGGCUGUAUACACUUGGGAGGGGAACCAGGUGAACAUCACCUGUGAGGUCUUUGCCUACCCAAGUGCCACAAUCUCCUGGUUCCGAGAUGGUCAGUUGCUGCCAAGCUCCAACUACAGCAAUAUCAAGAUCUACAACACUCCGUCUGCUAGCUACCUGGAGGUAACCCCUGACUCAGAAAAUGACUUUGGAAACUACAAUUGUACAGCAGUGAACCGCAUUGGACAGGAGUCCUUGGAAUUCAUCCUUGUUCAAGCAGACACACCAUCUUCUCCAUCCAUCGACCGGGUAGAACCAUACUCCAGCACAGCACAGGUGCAGUUUGAUGAGCCAGAGGCCACAGGAGGAGUGCCCAUCCUCAAAUACAAGGCUGAGUGGAAGUCACUGGGGGAAGAAGCAUGGCAUUUCAAGUGGUACGAUGCCAAGGAAGCCAACAUGGAAGGCAUUGUCACCAUCAUGGGCCUGAAGCCUGAGACAAGGUAUGCAGUACGACUGGCGGCCCUCAACGGCAAGGGUCUAGGCGAGAUCAGUGCAGCCACUGAGUUCAAGACACAGCCAGUCCGGGAACCCAGUGCACCCAAGCUGGAAGGGCAGAUGGGAGAAGAUGGGAACUCCAUCAAGGUGAACCUGAUCAAGCAGGAUGACGGAGGUUCCCCAAUCAGACAUUAUCUGGUCAAGUACCGAGCGCUUGCCUCUGAGUGGAAACCCGAAAUCAGGCUCCCAUCCGGCAGUGAUCACGUCAUGCUCAAGUCCCUGGACUGGAACGCCGAGUAUGAAGUAUAUGUGGUAGCUGAGAAUCAGCAAGGAAAAUCCAAGGCAGCUCAUUUUGUGUUCAGGACCUCAGCCCAGCCCACAGCCAUCCCAGCCACCCUGGGAGGAAGCUCCACCUCCUACACCUUGGUCUCACUGCUCUUCUCUGUGGUGACUCUUCUUUUGCUCUGUUAGGAACUUGAAAACAAACACACACACACACACACACACACACACACACACACACACACACACACAUUAUAAUUGCUUAAAAGCCCAGUUCCUAUGAAAAUGAUCAGUUGUUCCCCCCUUGAAAGAUCCUGUCAGGACUUCAGUUGUCCGGCCGCAGCUACUGAGCGAGAGUGUUCUGUGUGAACAAGGAAGGUCUUGGUGAUUGGCAACAGAUUUACCUCCUGAGAUUUUUGUCAUUCAGUGAUACCUUCCUGUCACUUCGCAUGGGGUCUUCUCCUUUUUUAAUAGCAGUUAAGAGAGAGAAAGAGAGAGAGAGAGAGAGAGAGAGAGAGAGAGAAAGAAUUUGAGAGAUAUUUCUUUCAAUACUAUUUUUCAAAAACAGCAUUAUGCAAGGUUUAUGGAGAUAUUUCUGCUAUCUGCUCCUUAUGUUUUUGUUGUUGUUCAUAAAUACAGCAGAGGAAGAAUUCUAGACUUCUAAACCUUGGCUCAGAUUGUUAAAGUCACCACAUGUGCCCUUCACUCUAACACUGCACCCUGCCCUCCACCUUUCAAUAGGCAGUUAGUUAGCUUUGCCUGCAUUUAAGUAUUUAAGUACCCAAGUUGUACUUAAGUAUUUAAGUACCAAGUAUUUAAGUACCCAUGUGGUGACUCACCUGAGCACUCUGCUGACAUGAUAGGUGAAUUAAAUCCUCCUGUGGCCCAUGCAGUGGGAAAGUUGAAAUCAUCUAUUUUCUGGAGCUGAUGAACAUUCUGGAAGGUGCUGUAAUGCUGGUGUUAGCCCAACAUCUUCUGCUGUCUCUAUGAAGAAGGCCAAACUGUGAUGUGCCCAAUAAGAAUGGGCUUUGGUAUCUGAAUCCCAACAGAGCUAAUUCUUCCACUUCACAGUAGGAUGCUUCAGAUGAACACUAAACCUCCAGAUCCUGGGAUCUGUGGUCCAGGCGUGACCUACAUCAUCACCAUAAGCACAGUAUGCCAGACAGGUUGGAAGCACACACUGUGAAUUAGUCAUCCCCCAUACCUUCUCCCCACAUGCUCCAAAGAGCACAAGGUAAGGGAUUGAGGGGAUGUACUACCCUGCACCCCCUACAGUGUUAAUACAUUUGGGCAGUCUGCCUGUCAGCACUUCCAGAAUGGUCCAGCUUCCCUAACGGCCACCACGGCACUUUUGAAAUUAUUAUGAAAAGCCAGAAUCUCCUGUCUGCUGUUGUACAAUUCACCCAGAAGAGGAAAUGGGUGUGUCACAUCGGACACAUGAGACCCAAGGCUGAAUACCACCCGCUAUUAUCAGCGUGUGAACUUUGGGAUGGACCGUCUAAUGAAUAAAAACUCCCUACCCUACCAUGGCACCUGUCAUUCUACCUAUCUCAUCUCUGAACAUCUCCACAGAUGUUUAAUUUUUGUUCUUUUGGGUUCUUUACCUGUUUCGUUUCUGUUGUUACAUUUUAAUGCUCAAAGACUAGCCUUUCCUUUUGGGAAUCCAAAUGACCCUGAAUUGUGGUCUGCAGGCAAAGCCAACUGUGUUGCCACCUGCCAGUAUCCCCAGUGCUCAGCCUAGAGGCUUCACAGUGCUCAGCACCUAAAACUGACAGUGCCUCUCGCUCAGCUAUGAACCUCUGCUCUGGAUCCUUGGCCUCUUCCCACCAGCUCAGCGAAACAAGAUGGCUCUUGGGCACAGGGCAGUACAGCAGAGAAAAGAACAUGGGGCCUUAGGGUCUGAUAUGAGAAUCGCAGGUCAGUUAAAGAAAGCUUCAGGGAAGGCAAGAGAGGUCCCACUGCGGUCCUCUUCUGAUGGCCCUGGAGAGAGAGAGAUAUCACACACAUUCACUUUAGGAGAACUCUGCCUCGGCCUCAUCACUGACACACUCACAAGAGAGGGACAGUGUCAAUAUUUCUAAAGGGACCGUUGGAGAUGAACCCUAAAUGUCCAGAGCCCUAGCAUGAUCCUGUACUCUUAGCAGACAUAGGUUCCAUCUGGAAAACCUUUGGGCUUAUUCCAGCCUGUUUAUGGCUUGUAAUGGUGUACUCUAUUGGAGACAGCUUUCGUGUGCACUCACCCUGGCCAGACACUGGGUCCCUCCAUGAAAGUUACGAUUCCUAGCCCAGCCAGGAGUCCUUAAGAGAGCAGCCCCCAGGUAGCCCCAAGGGAGUGAGUUCACCCCCACACAUACCUCUGCACUGUGAAUCAGUACAGAUACACCAUCUGCCAUGAGGGUUCUCUUAUCAUUUUUAGAAUAUUUAUACAGCAGGUUCAGAUCAUGUUUUUCUACUAAUAAGAAUGCUAACGUCAUUGUGUAGAUAAUCAGCAAGACUUUAUGAAGUUUACACCUUUGCAUUAUUAAAGGAUAUAACAGUUCAUGUAAACUCAA